CACUUGUCACCUUUAAGCACUAUGAAGGGGGUCCCAAUACCAUAUGGGGUGCAGAGCACGUGUGUCUCUUUGCAGAGGAGCCUCUGUGCACAGAAGGGGAGGAGCUGGCCCUGUUCCCCCACUUCCUUCUUGGACAGAGGGUGCUGAGUGUUCCUUCAGGAAGUGGCCACCCUAGAGAGUCCCCAGCAUUCUCAGCACCCUGAAUCACAGUGCGAUACUGGCUGUAGGCACCACAGAAGGGGCCCCAGGUCUGAAGACUCAGGGUGUAGGGAGAAAUCAAAGUGGAGUACGUGUCUGGCUUCACUUCUGUUAGAUGCUGGGUAUCGGGAGUUCUUCCUACAAUUCAUGAAGAAACUCCUGCUGCUCUUCCAUGUACUUUAUCCUAGAAAAGAGAACUUGUUCCACUGGCAGAAAAGACUUCCACUGGUGAAAGAAGAAACUUGAUUUUAUCUGAUCCUGCACUUCCAAAAUUAUUCUCACUGCGAUGGGAAGAAACGAACUGGCAAUUCUGUGUCAUGGAGGUUUUCCCUGCUAGCCUCAUGUCUGUACUGCCGGGGAUUCAUCUCAACAUCUCCCACCCUGAUUUUUCAUGCAAGAGAAGAAAGAAUACCUUCUCUAGAACCUCCGUUUGGGAAAAAGAGAAAGGAACUCACCUGUCUUUAUUUUAAAGGUCUGGAGAUUUGUUUCAACCUGCCCUUGUGAAUGGGCUGCCUGGUGUUUCAAAAAUCUCAAGGUAUUCAAUAAAGACGAACCAGGUUGCCCUGAAGACCAUGAACGUGUCUUCUGAGCACUGCAACAUGUCAGAUUGGCUGAGGCUGGAAGCAACCGUGAAGGCCUCCGUGUACGUGGUGGCUUUCUCCUUCGCCACGCUCAUCACGGUCAUCAUUAUCACCAUCAUAUUACAGAAUUCAAAACUGAGGAAAGAGGUUCGAUACAUCCUCCUCUGUCACCACCUGUUGUGCAUCUCCUCCUACUGUGGCCUGGGGGUGGUUUUCCAAGGGAUGCGAGCCUUCCUGGCCAACAGCCCUGUCCUGGUGUGCUGGGUGGUGUUUGGGGCACAGCUGAGUGUUGGAGAAGGGAUCCUCUUCACUCUGGCCUUGAUGGCUACCCACACGUACCUGGUGAUCUGCUGGCCCUUGACCUCUGUGUCCUUUGUAGAUUCCAUUAAGUAUAAGAUUCUGGCUGGGACUUGGCUCAUUAUUAUACUGAAGAAUGCUUGCCUCUUCCUCAUAGAGGGCACUGGCCCUACUCAGAUUGCUCUUUUAAAAUCUGAACCCCUUUGCCCAGUGGUCUUGAAUGGCAUUCCUGCCAGAGCCAUUGGCAUGGUUUUCCUUUUCCUUCUUCUGUCCAUCAUUCUUGUAAGUUACUCCCUGAUAUACAAAGAAGGGAAACGGGCUGGCCAUUUUAACAGGUCAAAUAUCAAAGCAAGGAAAACAGUCCUUAUUCAUUUAGUGCAGUUGGGCUUGCAUGUAAUACCAACUCUGUUAUUCAUUGGUUUGGGAAAGAUGUGUGGAGUGUUUUUCUUUGCUUUAAAUCUGGUGCUUUUUGGGGUCUUUGCCUUUGCCCAGUGUUUUAACCCCCUGAUCUAUGGGCUCUGGAAUAGAGAGUUGCAAAGCAGAUUAUACCGCUGGAUGUGCUGUCAACUGUGGUGUGGUCACUGUGGUGUGACCAGCAGAGUGUCAGUUUAAAUAAAAAUUCAGCCGUUUUGAACCAAUAAUGCUAGUCCUAAUGGACCACCAGCUAGGGUUGAGCAUUUGCUGUUCUCUCAACCUAAAAUUGAUGCCUUGAUUUGAUUUUGAGAGUAAUAUGAGUAAAUCAAAGUUAUCCAUCUGACUUACAAACUUUGACUACUGUGUCCACUGAGUUGGACUCAGAGAAAUCAUUUUAUGUCUUUAGUUCUAUACUCAGAUUAGCAUUUUGGGUAGCAUGCCUCGUUAUGUUUCAGGAGUUGAGCAGUUUUUUUGUGAAUGCACUUGUUUUUAGAAACUAAGAAGCAGACCAUGGUUGAUAGGGAGAGAAGUUUGGCUGUUCCACUCAUAUUAAGUAGGGGCAGGUUUGGCUACGUGUGAUAACAAGUCAGCAACAAAAUGAGAGUGACUUUAAAAAGUUGAGGUUGAUUUUUUUCUAAU